CCCCAUUUCAUUCCAGUGGUCUCAAACAACAAGGAAGGGAUGGGAAAGAAGGAAAAAAAGACCGCCGUGGCGGCGGCUGCCGCUGUCUUGUCCGACCAGCCGCUCUCACUACCAAUCCUGGAAACAAUCAAGUUUAGCCAGCAGCAGAACGGGCUCCGGUUCGGCGACUACACGCGGUACCGCCAGCACUGCGCGCGUCGCCUUCGUCGUCUUCGUAAGGGUCUCAAGUUUUUGCACGGACGAGGCAAGCAGUUCAUCCCCAAGGACGUGACGCCCGAGAACGCGUCGGAAGUCCGCCAUUUGAUGUUGCCGCUGUACCAUUCCGAGCGCGCGUGGAGUUAUGCGAUGCAGUUGCGUGAAGACGAGCGCAACGACAAGGAAGAGCACGGGGACGAAGCGAGCAGCCGCAUCAAGUUCCAUUUGCUCGGGCGAUUGAAGAAGGCCGUGGCGUGGAGCGACAAGUUGACCGCGCUGUGUGUCGAGCGCGCCGACGUCCGGACGAACCUCGAAGCGGAAGCGUAUGCAUCCUACAUGGGGGGAAACCUCGCAUUGUACCAGGAGGAAUGGAAGGUGGCGCUCGAGAAGUUUUCCACGGCUCAGCGCAUCUACUCCGAGUUGGCCAAAGUGGGCACGGUGGUGCAGCGCGACUUGCUCCAUCAAAUUCUGGACGAGAUCAGUCCGUUCAUGCGGUAUUGUGAGUACAAUCUCGGCGGGACUUCGUCGUCGUUGUCGCUGCAAGAGCUGCGCGAAAGCACAACCAGCGCGUUGUUGCAAGCCAAGAUCGACCAAGUGUUCCACGAAGAAGCCAAGACCAAGGCCAAGGACUUGGCGGCGAUCACAUGGCGCGGCCGCGCCAUCCCCAUCCCCAGCGCGGACGUGUCGGUGGCGUUGAUUCGACCGGAUGAACACUUGGCCAAGCUGAAAAAAGGCACGGACAACGACAAGAAGCGUGAUGCGAUUUACGUGGAUUUGUUUGGAUGCUACGACACCAUAUUGCGGUUGUUGGCAGCGGAAAAGACCAAGAGCGACACGAUGAAGAGCGGAUUCAUGGCCGAAGCCCAGCGUGAAAACAUCGCCUUCUUGGACGAGUACAUUCGUUACGUCAAGCAAACGCAUGUGAUCGAACGCAAUGUGGCGCUGUUGACGCAGCUCAAGGCCCGCCUAGAGGUGGACCUCGGUCCAGGCGAUUUGGUACACAUUUUGGACAUGCUUAUCCGCAACGUGGACGACAUGGCGGCAAUUCCAGGCGCGGCCGACCACGCGCCGUUCCUCAAGUACCGCGCGCUGCAGUUGAUUUUCCACGCCUUACGAUGCACCUACGUUGCCCAAGUGUACCUGGGCUUGAACAAGUUUUCGGAAAGCGCAGCCUUGUUCGACCAAGCCCACGCGUAUUUCACGCAAGCGCAGUCGCUUCACACGGAUGACGCGGUCGUGCGGGAGUUUCUGGCCGACCUCGAGCCGCAAGUGGUCGGCGCGCACUCGCGUGUGAAUGCGCUCGGGUUUCUGCAUGACGCCACCGCCACCGAAGCGGUCCGCGUGGGGCUGGGCCAGCUCCACGUCCACCCGCCGACGACCGCCGCCGCCUCGUCCAAGAGUUUGCUGGAGCGGCAGCACGAGUACGCUAGCGGCAACCCCGCGACGCAUUACGACCUGGUCACGCUGCCGCCGACGCUGCAGCCGAUUCCAGUCAAGCCGCUGCUGUUUGACAUUGCAUUUACGGAAAUGGACGACCCGAACGUGGACGCGCGGGUGCAGGACAAGGCCACCGGCGGCGGCGGCGGGUUUCUCGGCUGGUUGCGCGGCGCGGCCUAACGACUAACUUGGUUCAAUUUAGUAGAUAACUCGGGAAUGAUGAAUCAACUUGUAGUCACAC